AUGCAAACCGAGCAAUUCUACGCCGGAGAUCGGAGAUUCGACGAUGCCCUCUUCGAUGCGCCGAAAGUCGAGCACACAAUGGAGGCGGAGCAGGUCGUCGCGAACAGCGGCGAUCCCGGCAGAGAGAUGUGGCUGGACAAGCAAGAAGAGGAAGAGGAGAAUUUGCUCAACGCGAACGAGGCGGCCUCGGUCUUCUACUCCGACUUCCCUCUCCCGGACUUCCCGUGCAUGUCGUCAUCCUCGUCUUCCUCCUCCACCCGCGCCCCCGUCAAGGCAACGACAUGCUCGUCGUCAUCCUCCUCCUCGGCCUCGUCGUCAUCCUCUGCGGCCUCCUGGGCAGUCUUGAGGUCCGAGGACGCCGCCGCAGAAAAUAUCGAGAAUAGGAAGAAUAGUCGCAGGAGCGACUACUGUGACGACAACAGCAACCAUAUUUUUCAACAUGCAAGAGAAGCGGAUGCCCCGUCUCGGGCGCUGUCCUCCACAGCAUCGAUGGAGAUCAUCCUUGAAAAUCCGGUGGAUCAGGCCUCCACGGAUGCAGUCGGCUCAUGCAUUGAUGCGAUUGACACCUUUGGAUACAUGGAUUUGCUAGAGAACAACGACUUCUUCGACCCAGCAUCCCUAUUUCAGAGCGAACUCCUGCUGGAGGAGGAGUUCCAAAAUCAAGAGCCUGAAGCCCAGCUGGCGGAGCAACAAAAUCAGCGAGCACAAGCAACCUCAGCUGAGGCAGACAGCGGGAAUCGGACGGGUCCAGUCUCGGACGAGAUGGGGGCGGUGUUGUUGGAGUGGCUGACAGAGAACAAAGAUGAUAUUUCGCCUGAUGAUUUGAGGAGGAUAAAGAUCAAGAAGGCCACAGUAGAGACAGCAGCGAAGCGUUUAGGCGGUGGAAGAGAAGCUAUGAAGCAGCUGCUCAAGCUCAUACUUCAGUGGGUCCAAACGAACCACCUCCACAAGAAGCGCUUGAAAGAAGCAGCCUCAGUCUCAGCCUCAGUCUCAGCCUCUCAAGUACCCUACCAAUACCAAGAACCGUUCCACCACCACCAAAACCCUAACCCUAACUUGAGCUUUUCGCCAGAACCUAACGGCCUCCACCCCCAAAGUUUCCCCCACCAACCUCAAUGGAUCCCGCCGCCGCCGCCUUAUGUUGCGUGUCCCACCCCAAUGAUGGAAGUGCCGCCGCCUCCACCCGGUUACUGCCCAGCACCUGGUUAUAUGGGCGAUCCAGCGUAUUCCCAUGGAGCUCCUCCUGAUCAUUUAAGUGGAAACCCUUUUCCGCCCGAAUACCAAAUGAUCAACUCGGCGCAGUCGUGGCCCAUGUCACAGUUCUCGAUGGCCGCACAGCCCUAUGAUUACCCGGAGAAUUUUCACCCACCACCGCAGGCGCAAGGUUUAAGGGGUUACCAGCAUCAUCAGUACCCAUUUCAGUACUAUAACGGGCAUGGCCAGAGGCUGAUAAGAUUAGGGUCCUCGGCAACGAAAGAGGCGAGGAAGAAGAGGAUGGCAAGGCAGCGACGGUUCCUGUCCCACCACCGGAGCAGCCACCACCACCACCAGCAGAGCAACCAGCAGGGCAACCACCAGAGCAUGGCGGUGGCGGCGGAGCAACAUGCAAGGCUUGGGGGGGAGAACUGCGCCAUUCCAGAAGCUGCUCAUCAAGCUCAUAACCACCCAGGAAGCUGGGUGUAUUGGCCGUCCCCCGCUCAUGCCGGUCAGGUGGCCGUGCCACCACCCCUUCUUGCGAUGGAUCCAGUGCAGGUGGCUCAUCCGGCGGACCAGCCAGCCAUGCAGCAACAGAAUUAUCAGCGGCAGGUGGCGCCGGAGAGGCGGCAGGGUUGGAAGCCAGAGAACAAUCUGAAGUUUCUUCUUCAGAAAGUGUUGAAACAGAGCGAUGUGGGAAAUCUAGGCAGGAUUGUUUUGCCAAAGAAAGAAGCCGAAACCCACCUGCCGGAGCUGGAGGCAAGGGACGGGAUCUCCAUAGCCAUGGAAGACAUUGGAACCUCCAAAGUCUGGAACAUGCGUUACAGAUUCUGGCCAAACAACAAAAGCAGGAUGUAUCUCCUCGAAAACACUGGAGAUUUCGUGAGAGCAAAUGGGCUCGAGGAAGGAGACUUCAUAGUCAUAUAUUCGGACGUCAAAUGUGGCAAAUACCUGAUACGAGGAGUGAAGGUACGGCAACCCGAGGGGACGAAACCGGAGGCGCACAAGAGGCCCGAGAAGUCGCAGAGAAGCGCGCAUGCGAGCUCUUCGCAGAAGAAGCAGUAG